AUGUUGUCCCUUUUGAGCGGGAAAAAACUUGCUUUACAAUUAUUCCCUAAAGUAUCUGCAGUUUCGAGGCUAAGAUACUUUGCCAGCUUGUACACAAGUGGAGGAGUUUUCGAUGAUAAGAAAAUGGAGGGUCGUGUGAUCGAUUUGAGAAGCGACACUGUUACUGUGCCCACUGAAGAAAUGAGAGCUGCAAUGGCGGCUGCUGAAGUUGGUGACGAUGUUUAUGGAGACGAUCCAACCGUCAAUGGUUAGAAUUUGUUUUACUAGCAUAUUUGCGGUAUUAACAUGUUGUGGUUCAGUUUUAUCCUUGGUUUAAAUUUUACGUUCCUUCGUCUUAAACUGCGAUCAGGCGGCCCUUUUCUUCCCUUUUUGUUCUGAAGGCGAGGGGAAAAGAGACGCUUGAUAUAUAGGGUCUGGAAGGUACUUUCAGGAUCCGAGAUUUGACUAAAAUACGGUGCGGGAUUCGGGAAAACACAAAAUGUCUUGACGGGCAACAGGAUCUGACUGCUACCCGGGAAGCGGGCACGGGUUGCGGGAUUUCCUUUCGCAUGUCUGUCGGGCAUUCGAAAACAGACAGGCAAGGGUUCAGUGUGGUGUCCCGCAGGUGGGGGGGAGGUACUGCCAUAUAUGGGCUAUAUAGGUAUGUGUAACUGUGAAGGGUAUGGUUUUCAAGCAGUUUACCCUGGGAUAGGGUAUAUAACAUUGGCUGAAGAUUUUAGGCUAGACUAGGGAAACUGGGAAUUGCCACUCAAGAAUAUAAAAAAUCAAAUCGGUUUUGUUUUGGCUGGACUGUGCUAGUGACCGCAGUUGUUUCUGGAAAACAGCUACUCUAGUAUAGGGUAGCAAAAUUCACUCAAAUUAGCUCUGAUAUAGGCUAAGGGUUGCAGGGUUCCAGCGGCACAUCCCCACCCAAAAAGUCCUAAAAUACCCCCCACCCCCGGGUAUGGUGUCUCCUUCUCGUUUUAUUCCACUUCCCCCACCCUGCUUCAGCAUACUGCAGUAUGAAAGGCUGUUUUGUUUUUGCAAUGGUCUUAAAAUACCAGUAUGCAUAAGUUCAAAAUAAACAAUCAAAGGGGCCAAUUUGCAUCUCACAUUUAUUAGCUUUUGUAGCAAUUAGUAUUUUUUUGACUUCAAUGUUUUGGAAAAAAAAAACAGGAUUUAGGAAAGCAAUGAAAAAAGUGCAGGAUAAGAGAUUUUCCUGAAAAAAGAGCAGGAAUGAAGGAUCAGCAUUCCCCCUUCCAGACCUUGUUGAUUUUUGAUUUACUUCCUUCGUCUGCCCAUAGUUGAGAAUCUUGAUUUUUGUCCGAUUAGUCAAAAAACAAUAGAGCCUUCUGAGCCCCGCACUUCGCAUGUACUGAUAGGUUACAAGCGACAGUGCAAUUAGAUAGCUCAUCGUGACAGGAACCACAAGAUGAUCGAGGAAUUAGUUUUUUUAGUAGAAAGCUUAGGUUAAGUCUUAAAUACUUUUUUUUUCAAUAAAUCAAGAUAACAAUGCACAGACCUUGACAGCUGAUGAGGACGAGUUGUUAUUUGUCAUCAGUAAGGACAUCCACUAUAUCUUCUUCAACACUUUCUUGCUCGGAGCAGGCAGAGUUUGUAAAAUUAUCAAUUGUUUUACACAGUUCCACGAAAUUGUGUAAAACAAUCGACAAUUUUACAGCUGCACUUUUGCAAACUAAUGAAGGACCAUGAAAAAUUUGUUGCAGUAGAAUCAAUUCCUUUACUUUUGAUACUGUUGUUCCACUGAUGUUUUCAUUGAAUUAUUCCACUGGAAGUUAACUACUUACACCCAAUCUGUUGCCCAAAAAUGUUGACCACUAUUUGCCUUUUUAGGAGUGUUACCAGCCUACCAUCACCUAUCCUGUAAAUGGGGCUUAAGUCCCUAUACUGACUUUUAUAGUGAAUAUUAAUCUCAUUAAUAUGAAUUUAUUAUUUUUUCUUUGUCCUGUGCUUGUGAUAUGCUGAUUAUUUCAUUUUCACAUUUGUUUCACUGAGCUAAAAAUUUACCAUCUUUCAUUUCUUUCACCACACAGUGUGACAUCGACAUUGCUGAUCCUAGCAGUAUGCAGGACGCAUGUGAAAUAUGAACCUUGUAUAUGGCCUCGCUCUCCAUGAGUUCUCCGUAGUGGAUAGAGUGCCCGUCUGGUGUUUGGGAGGUCAUAGGUUCGAAUCCUGUCAGGGACUCAGAUUUUUCCUUUGUCCCACGCUUGUAACAUGCUGAUUAUUUAAUUCACAUUAAUUUGCGUACUUGUAAAUCACAAACUAAUCGUAUGUUGUUGGCAAACAGAUUAUAUUUUAGCACUAAAUUGUGGAUUACUUGCCAUUGAACAAUUAAAUUUUUUUAGGCUAAAUGUAGUAGUUUAUUCAAGUUAAUUGUCAAUUAGUUAAUGCAGCUGUCCCAGAACUUUUUAUUGCAUUGAGAAAGGUUUUUUAGAUCCCGUGAUCAGUUCCCUGUUGAUUCUGUUAAUUGUGCACAUAAAUAGAAUUCUUUGCUUAUACUUUUAUACUCAUUAUAGCUUUGCAAGCGAAAGCAGCAGAGUUAACUGGAAAAGAAGCAGCCCUCUUUGUAACAAGUGGGACAAUGGGAAAUUUAGUGUCAGGUCAGUAUUCUGGAAUAAUUUUUUCUAAACCUGUCAGUGUAUGAGGAAAUGUUUCAAAGGCAGUUUCCAAAUAUUAGAUUUUUAAAGGUACCUUCAAAUGUUGCUCUUUACAUACCAGAAAAAUGUAGCCCAGCCAUGAGAAAAUCAAGAUUAAUUUUACUCUCAGGUUAUAUGGAGUCCUGGUCAACUCAUUCACCGAUCAGCGAAACCCUCACUGAUAUAAAACGAUUUAAAUAACACGGUUGCCACCAUCAGGGAAAAGUCAGGAAAUUUUUUAAAAAGUCAGGAAAAAUCUUUGAUAUUGUCAAAGUCAGUGAAAAGUCAGGGAAUUCUGUUUUCCGGUUUAGAGUUCAUAAGUUUUCUUCAAGAUUUUGAAAUGCAUUUUCUUUCGGAAAAGAUGAAAAGUGUGCUGCAAAGCAACAACAACAACAUUCAUUGGCAUUUUCAUGUCAGUAGAUGGCAUUGCCAAUUACAAUAUUGAUUAUGUCAACGUAAAGGAAAAUAAAAGGAAAAGAAUGUAACAUUUAUCAUUGUAAAUGAUAAUAAUUAUAACAAUAAUGGCUAAAAUUACACGGAAAAUGCUAAGCAAGCAAAGCAAUCAAUUUGACACUCUACAUCUAACACAUGUAGUAAUUGUGAUCUGAGUGGUUUUCGUUGUAAAUGCUUUCUUCCAAAUUCCGUCUUCCUCUUUCUGCAAAAAGUGGAAAGAGGUUGAAAAUGAAGAAUAAAACUAUUGAUGGCCUGCAAAAAAGCUAAAGUGAAUGAAAACAUGGAUUGCUUCUCAUUAACAAAAGGUCAAGGAAAAGUCAGGGAAUUUUUAACUUUCUGAUGAGUGGCAACCCUGAGUAAGAACAUAUCUUGUCUGAGCGAAUGAUGCUAGAGAAAUGUAUGGAAUAGGACCCUGAUAUAAUAUAACCCAGUCAUAAGGAGAUGUUUUCCAGUCCUUGUUUAAUCAGAUCUCCAUUUGCAUCCCCAAAAUGGAGUGCUGGCCCGAUAUACCAGGGUCAUAAGGAGAUUUAGUAGAAAUUCUGCAAAUCCUCAUUAUUAUUUUUGUUUCUGUCUGCAGUAAUGGCUCACUGUUCUGGUAGAGGAGAUGAACUAUUUGUUGGUGAUAUUGCCCACAUUACUAUUUGGGAACAAGGUGGCGUCGCACAGGUUAUUCUGUUAUAUUAUAUCAUAUUGGUUACUUUAUUGUUGUUUAUUUUAUUAAAUAGAACUUCGCUCACUCGUGAAAUAUUUUUCAAAACUUGAAGAGAAAUUUUGUAUCUACACGCGGCCUAGUAAUAUCCUGUAUAACUGGACAUAGUGUAAAUCUUGAUCUCAACAUUGAGCAGUGCUAUAAUACUCAUUAUAACAAGACAUUAGCCAGCUUUGAAUUUUUGCUCAAAUAUCGGAAAUGAUAAAUAAUAUGAUACUGGAUGUUAAAUGAUAAAUUGUUAUUUACCCGGUAAUCAACUAUUUAACUGACUAUUAUUGAUAAUGUUAUUGGUUUAUUAUUUCACAGAUUGCUGGAGUACACCCUCGCCAGGUGCACACCAAUCCUGAUGGGACGUUAGACUUACUAGAGAUAGAAAGCAAAGUCAGAUCAAGAGAGGAUGCUCAUCAACCAAUCAGUCGCUUAAUUUGUGUUGAACAAACACAUAAUGGAACUGGUGGCAGAGUGUUGUCAUUAGAAUAUCUUCAAAGGGUAAAUUUUUUAAGAACCUUAUUGCCUCUCGGUGGGCCUGUCAAUUAAAGUUGCUGUACUAUCGUCGUGGCUGUCUAGUUCAUUUUGUUAAUAUUGCCAAUAACAUGUCCUUAUUUGCAACAGAAUUUUAAUCUUUAGCAAAGAAAUUACUUGCAAAGGAAAAGAUUGAUCCCUUCUUCAUGUCAAACAAAUAUUUCUCCUAAACGUUACAGUAUAUCAAAUGUUAAAGACAGAAAACAUGAACUUUGGAAAACUGAUGCCCAUCAAUACCUUCUUUUGUCUGGACUGUGGUAUUCACACCUUGUUUGAGUGGUUUGAGCAGUUAUUUUGAUGUUUCGCUCAAUUAAUUCUUGGCAGUCGGGACUGUUUGAAUUGUGAUACAGUUUGUGACACGUCCCCUUUAAGAUGUAACAGUAUGCACCAACAAGAGUUAUCAAACACAAAGAUGAGCUGGGGAGAGAAUCUCUCUCGAAUGUAUUUGUUACAGCUCAAAAUUAAAUUCAGGUUAAAAUUAUUUAACUUAGGUUGAUUCUAAUUUUCUACGUCUCGUAGCCCUAAUUAUUCAUGAAGCUUAUUCACAGGUUUGAUGUUACCACCAUUGCUAGAGAUGAAGUGCAGAGCACCUCUGGUGCAUCGAUUAUAAAUUAACAUCUAGUUAUUAUAUUCUUCAGGUUAAAGAGUUAGCUGUCAAACUUGGAUUGAGGGUGCAUAUGGAUGGAGCAAGACUAUUCAAUGCUGCCAUUGUUCUUGGUGUCCCUGUUGCACAGGUCACCCAGCAUGUUGAUUCAGUUACCUUUUGCCUUUCAAAGGUAAUGGUGUUACAUGUAUCACUAUUAUAGUGGAGCUCUUGCGUGUGCAAUGCUUGCGCAGCAGAGCACCAUGGGUAGUAACAAAUAUUAUUAUUAUUAUUAUAUUAUUAUUUAGCAAUUAAUGAAUGAGGCUGAGUAGGAUAUGAAGAAUUAAGCAGCUCGAGGAGGGUGAUCGAAGCAGAUCAAGGAGGGUAUUAUCCACUGAGGCUGAAGACAUUUUGGUUCUGAGAAAAUAGUUUGUCCAUCUGCACAUAUGUCUACCCCUUCAUGUAAGGGAGGGUGAAUUCUCAUUGGGUGAUUCCAGAAAAUAUCCAUACCAUACCACGGACGGCUUUUAGGAUUUCCGAAGGGGAGGGGGGGUUCACGAUUAUGGAAUUCUGAGGGCAUGGGGGGUAUUUACGAUUGGAAAUCCGAAGGCAUGGCGGAAUUCCACAGGUGGGAUUUCUGGAGUAGAAAGUGUAGAGUGAGUUCCUGGAAAACGCUAUUCAGUAUUGUUGUGGACUUUUGUAGUUCGUAAAUAAACCACGAACGUAUGACCGCGGAAGCAGAAGACAAGCAUCGAUAGAUCAGACACGUGUUUACGCUCAUAACUUAUAGAAGUGAACAGUAAAACGUGGGUUUCACAUUAACCUUGAUGAAUUUCUUGUCACAUGAAAAAAAAAACGGAAUAUGUAUCUUACUGCUUGCAAGUUUCUUGUUACUCCCGUCCGAUGAACAGUAAAAAAACUCGCACCAGUCCCUGGCUUCCAAGGAACGCCUGUCAGAUUAGAACACUUUUCGUGCACACUACAUGACGUAUAAAAGGACGCAACACGCCUCGACGGUAUAUUUGACCACCGAAAGAUUUUAACGGUCUGAAUUUGACCUAUUUUGCUUUGUAAACGUCAAAACAGCACAAGAAAACAAAGAGGAGUAAAAUUGCCAUUAGUGGUGUUUAUUUUUAUUGCCAAAUUCGCACCUAAAAAGGAGUUUGCACAGCCUGUCUAAUAGCAGUAGGUUAGAGUCUGAAAGCUUGUCGCCUGGCGCCGCUAGAUCACAGCCUUGAGGAGGCAUAACGUCAUGUUCGUUUGUUCAUAUAGGCGUUGCUAAGUUGAAAAUGUACUUCCAAAAAAACGGAAAUUCUGAAGGGGAGGGGGGGUUCACGAUUAUGGAAUUCUGAGGGCAUGGGGGGGUAACGCAUUUUGGAAUUUCCGAAGGCAAGGGGGGGAUAAAACAUGGAAGCCGUCCGUGGUUGGGUAUGGAUAUUUUCUGGAAUUGCCCAUUUCAAGCACCCUUUCAUUUUUGGCAGUAAAUCACGUGGUCUAGCCUGCGAAACGUCCCCAGCGGCGUAGAGCGAAGGAGAAACGGAUGCUUUCACAGGCUACACGUGGCCACUUGGACUUUUUGAGACAACAGCAAAGCCUAGUCUUUUUUUCAACUAUAUUUUUAUGUCUAUGUUACAGUUCAAAUUUGAUUUUAGGUUAAGUUUGAUUUUGCGUAGGUUGAUUCUCAGUUUCCUUUGUCUCCCAACCCUAGAAGACAAAGGAAAUUAAUAAUUGACCUAGGUUAAGUAAUUUUAAACUGAAAUCAAAUUUGACCUGUAACAUCUACACUGACAUGGUUAACAGAGAGAAAGAGCAAGAGCGUGAGAUAAUGAAGAACAAAGGAGUUUUCGUUGGACGGAGAACGGGGCAGUGAAAAAAACGCGUCCAACAUUUUCUUAAUAAAACAUGUAUCAUAUUUCUGGAAGUUUCACAUUGUAGACGUGUUGCACAAAACAGUGGCAAUAAGGAUGUGUACAAAAAAGUAUGCUGUAUGUGCAAAGUUGUUUUUCUUCUGUAAUUAAACCUAUUGAUUUUUUAUGCCGUUCUCAUUAUUGUCGCCAUUUAUCAUUAAACUGUUUAUUUUUUGUUUGAGUAUACUAUAAGUAUAUUGACAAGAGCUUCGCUUUUAGCCUUGCUAAAUCUAUAAUUAUCAAACCCCCUUUAAUUUCAUUAUAAAAGGUCUGAACAAAAGAAUGUUACACACAAGACUGGGGUUAGCCUCCCUCUCAGCAAUUUCUUGUCCACGAGUGUUGCAUGACGAGACAAAAACGGCUGCAAGGGAUGGAAAUGGAUAAAAACAUAUUGCUUGUAUGAAUAAUUUUGUUCACAAUAUGAUAGCAUGUGAGCAAGCACUCCUAGGGGUUACACGGGGGUACAAUUAUAUUGCCGUAAAAGUGACCAUCAGUCCAAAAAGUCAAAAGUUUGGUUUUUUUUAGUUGCACACUUGUGGAAAGUACAGGAAAUUCUUAUAAAACAAUUUUUCCUAUCAUAAUAUUAAUGACUGAUCAUUUUGGUCAAUCUGAUUAUUUCAGAUGACUAUCAAUUAUUUAAUCUCAGCUGAUUCCCAACACUGUAGACCUGUCUGUGUACAGGCAACUAUAGUACAAUCAUACCCAUAGCUGUGGCUAUCAACAUAGGAAGACUGCCUCUUAGCUCAGGAAUACAGCUUUUAGAGAAUAAUGUUGUUCAGUUAGCAGCUUUACAUCUUGGAAGUUGAGGUUGCUUUGAUAUGACUAUACACAGCAAACCUGUUAGCUUGACAUUUGCCUUUCUGUACCAACUGGCAGAAAAAGUGUAUCUUAAGAUGACAGAAACUAUCCAUUAGGAAACUGAGUAAUUUUCAUAUUUUUCGGUGGACAAAAACCUUGUACCAGAAUAUUUUAAGCCACAUCAUCACAUUCCCUUUUACAUUUUUCAAGGGCUAUAGAUGUAAUUAGUUAUCUGUAACAACAACAAAGAAAAUUUCUUAUGAGAGCCCGAGAAAAAAAUGUCAAGUUUCACAAAUUGACACCUUACACAUGAAAUUUUCGCAAUUUUACCUGUGUUUUCACAAUUCUUGUGAAAUUUGACAUUUAUUUUCUUGGGUUCCCAUGAGAAAUAGUCUUUGGUGUUAUUACAGAUAACUAAUUAUAUCUAUAGCCCUUGAAAAAUGUCAAAAAGAAUGGGAUAUUGCUUAAUUAUUCUGGUACAAGACCCGGGGUACAAGAGUUUUUGUCCACUGAAAAUUGAAAAUAUUAUUACUCAAUUUCCUAAUGCAUUCUGUCUUAACAAUUUUUAAGAUAUGUGCAGAACUUUUAUGCAACUUAAUUCAUUUCUAUCUAUUAGAAUGUGUCAUUCUGACAAAUAAAAUGUUUUUAGGCUCUUGGUGCCCCGGUAGGAUCAAUAGUUGCUGGAAACAAAGAGUUCAUAUCAAGGUCAGGUGUCUGAACAUCUCUCCAUUUUUUUUAAAGACUGUUUCAUUGUAGUAUUUUGUUGUCUUUAAAUUAGUGUGGAUUUCCCUUUCCUUUUCACUUCCCAUCAAGUGUUUGUACCAGUGUAUGUUUUGAUAUGAAGUUCAUUGGUCUUAACCCUGGGGUAGGUAUCUUUAGGAAAGUUUCUGUGCUACCAGGGUCCUAAAAUCUCACCCUAUCCUAGAGUUGCUAUUUUCCAGAAUAUAACUGACGUCAACAACGCUUUCUUUGCUAUUAAACUGACUUCUGGUUAAAUUAAAAUACAUUUUGCCAAUUUCAUUUUUUUGAGAGCAAUAAAUUACCAGCUUCCCUGGUAAAAAAUCUAAAUCUAAAAUCUUCAACCAACUGAUCAUUUUCCUGGAAAAUGAUACCCUAUUCUACCCCCAGACUGUCUGAUUUCUAUACCCUAUCCCAGACUAAGUUGCUUGAAAACCACACCCUUCACAGCAGAACAUACGUAUUUUAUAUCAGGCCAUGUAUGGCAGUUUCCCGGGAGGUUUUACCUAACCUCACAAUUUUCACUCUUUUGUUGCUUUCCACACCCUCUUCAAGCAGGUGUUGGCGACACCGGAAGGUUCUUGGAGGUGGCAUGCGACAGGCUGGGGUAUUAGCAGCAGCAGGAAUUUAUGCAUUGGACCAUAUAGCUCCUAAAUUACAUGAGGACCAUGCUAAUGCACAGAUUCUGGCAAAAGGUGUGUGGAUAUAACAGUCCCUGGGCAGGGUAAUUUUCAAAGGUUUGUUAAGAAAACCCAGGGUUAAAGUGAAAUUUGAAUUAAUAACAAUAAUAUGAUAAGAAAGUUCUUUUUACAAAAGGUCUAUAUCACAUAAUGUGGUUUUCAAUAGGGCACACACACAUUAUGCAUAUAACAAAUAAAAUUGCUAAAUUACAGAACGAAAAAUGACAAAAACUAAUAUUAAAAAAUCAAAUGAACUAAGAAAAUUUUACACCUAAGAGAACUGGAAUAAAAAAACCUAGAACCUUCUACUGAGAUUUAAAAUAAUUUUUUUUAAGUAAUGAUAUUUUAAUAGCAUUUGUAAGGUAGACAUCUCAUGCAUGCAGUCUAGCAGUCUUACUAGUGAUCGAGCUGCCUGCCUUAUGAUGCUACAACCUUGCAUCUUUAUAACUUUAUAAUGAUGUCUACCUUAUAAUUCAGAUAUGGAAACUUAAAAAACUAAAUAAUAGAGUUGAAUUCUUUUUGUCUAUAAUUGAGGAAUGGAUGCUCUAAAGAGAAUAGAUAAAAGUUAUCCAAGAAAAUGAUUCUGAAUAAAAGAAAACCAUGCAGGAUUAAUUAAUAACCCCUGGUUAAACGUUAAUGGUAACCGACUUUCAAACAACUGGGCCCUGGUUCAUAAUCUCUCUCUAGGAUAAAGCUCAAUUCUCAAAUUAAAAAAAUAAAUUUCUGUUAUUUACUGGGCUCAGCAGUAUUUACAGCACUAAUGCUAGUGGGGCUGAGCAAAUGCUUGAAACAAAUAAAUUAAAUCAAACAUAAACGGGUCAAGAAUCCCAACUGGCCGGAGGCGAACUGCAGUUGGUUAUUUACAAGCAUGGUCGAGGACUUGAGCUCGGGACUACCGACAACAAAUCCAGCUAGUGGUCAGGGCGAGACUUGAACUCCAGCGCCCUAACUGCUCAGCCAUGCUGCUUCCAUUUAAUUUCCAUUUAAUUUCUGUUUAAUAUCAAACAGCAAAAGUCAUUCCACAGGUCUCUUGACCAUGCAGAGCCUAGCAGUCUAGUGGUUACUUUUUGUGAUGGUGAUGAGAGAGAAUCCCUCUUUCAGACUUUCUUGUCAGGAAACUAACUUUUAACCCUUGGUUAUUAAAUUUAACACUAUAAUUUACCUUCAUUAACAGGUAUUUAUGAAAUGAAAGAUCUUGGCUUGGAAAUAGAUUUACAAAGUGUGGAAAGCAAUAUGGUUUAUUUCAAUAUUAACCACCCAAGAGUGUCAGGGGAUGAACUUGUGAAAAGAAUGCUGGAUAUUACAGACAGUGAACCUGUGGAAACAAGAGUGGCAGUUAGAAUGUUAGCUUAUGACAAAACUCGACUAAGACUUGUACUUCACCAUCAAGUAACUGAAGAUGAUGUUCACAGGACGUUACAAAAGUUACAAUUUAUUUUAACUUCCUAUUAA